AUUAGUGUUCUGGAAGACGCGGCGCAGCGAAUAAAACACAUGCGGGUUUCAGAACAUGUUCAUGUAAAAUAAGAGAAAUUGAUUUUAUUUUAUUACGGGGGGAUUAAAGCCGAUCCAGCUGUUGCUGUUGCGCGUUAGAGUGGGUUACAGAAAAAAAGGUCUUGAGUUUUUUUGUUGUUUGUUUUUUUUAAAAAACGAAAGGACAGGCCUUUUAUUCCUCUUUAACCCCCUCCGCUGUGUGAGUGUGUGGAUCUUUUUUUGCCCCUCCUGCCCCACUAUCUGCCCCCCCUCAGGGGUGAGUCGGGCCCUUACCGCACAACCACGAGGCGAGGAGUGGAGCAGCGGGAACCGGGCGGCAUGGCUGAGUUUGGGAACGGGCUGGCGGAGGAGUCGCUGUUGGACUCAGACCCCGGGCAUCCGGAGCUGGAAGACCCGGGCGUGGGCGACGAAGAGCCGGGCUUGGAGGAGGGAGAGGCCGCUAUCGAGGACCCGGAGCUGGAGGCCAUUAAAGCCCGUGUGAGAGAGAUGGAGGAGGAAGCGGAGAAACUGAAGGAGCUUCAGAACGAGGUGGAGAAACAGAUGAACCUCAGUCCUCCGCCUGCUGGUCCUGUCAUCAUGUCCAUUGAAGAGAAGAUGGAGGCAGACGGAAGAUCAAUCUAUGUUGGGAAUGUGGAUUAUGGUGCAACGGCAGAAGAGCUGGAGGCUCACUUCCAUGGCUGUGGCUCUGUUAAUAGAGUCACCAUCUUGUGUGACAAGUUCACAGGACACCCCAAAGGGUUUGCAUAUAUUGAGUUUGCAGACAAGGAGUCUGUUCGGACAGCCAUGGCGCUGGACGAGUCCUUAUUCCGAGGGAGGCAGAUAAAGGUCGGGGCUAAGAGAACAAAUCGGCCCGGAAUCAGCACCACAGACCGCGGGUUCCCCCGGGCCCGUUUCCGCUCACGUGGAGGGAACUUCUCAUCCCGGGCUCGAUACUACAGCGGCUACACGCCCCCUAGAGGCAGAGGACGGGCCUUCAGGGGCCGAGGGCGAUCAACAUCGUGGUAUUCCCCUUACUAAUACCCCACACCCACCACCCCCCCACUCAUUUCCCCCUUUUACUGUCACCCUCCCUGUCCCCAUACAAAAAAGAAAAUACUCCCCCUCCCCCUUCAAUAAAAGAAGAAAAAAAGAAGAAAAAAGACAAAAAAUGGAAAAGAGAGAGAGAAAAAAGAGAAAAGAGCAUCUCGUGGACAGACAGACUGACUGGCCUCAGUGUGCGAUUGUGUGUGCGUGCGUGUGCGGAGGUGUUGCAGUCACCCUGGUAAGGUACAGAAACGGUCCUUGGGGGAGUUUUGGAAUUUGGUGGCAUUUGUUUUGUUCAAAAUUUGAGAUGAUGUUAUCUCAGGCUGCAGAUGUGUCUCCUUUGUCUGGCUGUGAGUUCCUCAUACCAAAAGAAAAAAAAAAACACAGCCCACUCAAUGUUUGCAAAAAGCUA